AUGCUGCAGACACUUCUGCUGUUGCUGUUCACCUUCCUGUGCUUUGGGAAUCAGCUCAGCCCAGGCAUGGGCUGUCAGCUGCCGUCUGACUGGAGACCCCUGAGCGAAAGCUGCCGGGCUGAGCUGGCAGAAAUCAUUGUCUAUGCCAAAGUCUUGGCUCUGCACCAGGAUAUGUACAGCAUGUACAACUAUUUGCCCUGGCAAUACGAAGCCACGGACGGGGGGCUCUUUUACUCAGCCGAGAUUGAGAUGCUGUGUGAUCAGGCUUGGGGCAGCAUGCUGGAAGUCCCUGCGGGAUCCAGGCUGAACCUGACGGGCCUGGGGUAUUUCUCCUGCCACUCUCACACAGUCAUGCAGGAUUACGCCUACUUCUUCUUCCUGAGAAUGGACGAGAAUUAUAACCUCCUUCCUCAUGGAGUAAAUUUCCAGGAUGCGAUAUUUCCAGAUACGCAGGAAAACAGACGGAUGUUUUCCAGCCUUUUUCAGUUUUCCAACUGCACUCAAGGGCAACAUGCCAUAACCUUCUCCAGUGACUGGGAGAUACAAGAGGAUAACCGGCUCAUGUGCUCAUCAGUCCAGAAAGCCUUGUUCGACGAGGAAGACCACGUGAAGAAGCUCCAGCAAAAGGUGGCGACCCUGGAGAAGCGCAACAAGCAACUGCGAGACCGCGUGAAGAAAGUCAAGCGGUCGCUCAGGCAAGCCAGGAAGAACAGCCGGCACGUAGAGCUGAUGAACCGAAAGCUCAGCGAGAAGCUGUCCUCCACCGGAAGCCAGGUCCCGCACGUUAACUCCUUAAAGCAAGCAAACUCUCAUGCCACGUACCUUAAGGUAUAAUGCCCAGUUUGGCACUGCGGGCAAUGACUUCACGGCAUACACCUUUCCUCCUUACACCAUCCUGCAAUUGAAAAGGGACACGAUGACUUCAAGGCCCCUUGGCCAUCACUGCUGCUGUGUGUGAAGCUGAACGAGAUACACAGACAUCCGUUUCAAUUCUCCAUUAAACAUGAUUUGAAAAGAUCCACGUUGAUGGGGUGAUAGAGGGAAUGUGGACCGGAGAAAACUGUCUUCAGAAAACCUAUUUUUCUUCUUUAAAGGUCACAUUGGAGUCAAAUCAGAUAUGGGCUUGAUAAGCAGAUACUCAGGCCCCUAUGAAUGGUAUGGAAGCCCCCAACAUUAGAGCAUCCGGCUGGGGCCAGAACAGUGCCUGGGUGGGAGUCCACCUAGGAGCUGCAUGUAAGCUGGUCAGAGUUUCCCAAAGAAGAGCAGGGUCUAAGUGUAGACAAGGAUAUAUAUUGGGGUGCAAAGCCUCUUUCAAUCCGAGGGCCAAAUCCCAUUUCAGAGAAGCUGUCAGGGGCCACAUUGCAGGGGUGGGCGGGGCUGAGGGCAAAAGGGGGAGGGCCCAAAAUAUCAGCAUGUUUUAGCCAGAGCUCUUUACUGGCUUUGGAAAGAAAACCAUGCAAAAGUGGGGGAACAACCAAACAAGAGGUCAGGGGAAAGGAAGUGGGGGAAGGGAGCCUUUUUGGGGACCCCCAGAAGGGCUGAUUUGGGCCCCACAUUUAUGGCUUGGCACUCUGGUUAUAUAUUCUGUCUUGACCAUGUUGAUAGAAGUCUCAGUAUGAAUGCAAUGAUUUCCAUCAUAUCUGGAAGUGGCCGAUGACGAGUGUUAAAAUCUGGUUUCCAGCCAAAGAUGCCGACUGGCAGAUUUUGAAAUAGUCCCCAUAAUGUUUUUCUUCUUUUAAAGGGAAUCUAAUGCCAAAUAAAAAUGCAGACUUUCCAUAUCGCUUCAACGUUUCUAGUAUGCAAUCCAACUUUUCUUAAACAUAUUGGCCAACGUAAUUUCCUACACAGAAAACCCACCCUGGUCUCUAAAGCCUGUAUCAUUGCUCUUCAGUCUAAAAUCCAAAAUUGUUUAAGACGCUGAUAACGAUGGUAAGGGGUUCGCAUUUGUUCCAGUCAUUUCAGCAGUCAACCACGUUCACCUUUCUGAAGGAAAUAUACUAACCGAAAUAAUUUAAAGAGCAUUUUGUUUGUUUGUAUUGGUCUCCCAGCUAUUUCUGAGAAGCUUAGCUUCAGUGCUAAUUAGUAGGAAUAAGCUGAAAUGUCCUGUAUCAUUAAAUAAACAUGCAAAGAAAUAUGUGAUUCCCUUUUCUACAUAAAUGGCACAAAGCUCUUUUUUCAAGCAUGGCUCAAACUGCUUCUUGUUCUG